CUUACAUCUGAGUUGAGAUUUUUGGUAGAGUUUUCUCCCUUUUUUUCAGAGCAACGAAUAACACCACCUCAAUUGGUUCAACAUGAAGCUUCCGAAGUCCUUGCUGAUGCUCUGGUGUAGCUUUGGGCCUCGUGUAGUUGAGGCAUCGGACAGGAGCGCACCACCAUACCGAGACAGCCUGCUCUCUUUCCACAAGUCGCUCGUAGAUUUCAAUUCUACAACUGGCAGUGAAGCUGGAGUCGGCGAGUUCCUCAUCGACUACCUAACAGAGCGCGGCUUCGUAGCAGAGCGCCAGACUCUCCCAACAUCCGACCUCUCGGCGCCCCGGUUUAACGUUGUCGCGUGGCCGAACUCGCGUAACUCAACCUCGUCCAAAGUUGUAGUGACGAGCCACAUCGAUACUGUACCGCCAUAUAUCCCUUACUCACGGACCGCGCCGGAGUCGCCUACUGCUGACACCGUCAUCGCGGGGCGCGGUACGGUGGACGCAAAGGGGAGUGUGGCUGCCCAGAUCACCGCUGUACUGGAAUUGCUAGCAGCCGGCACUAUUACGGGCAAUGACGUGAUGCUUGCAUAUGUUGUGGGCGAAGAGCGAACAGGGGACGGCAUGAUAUACUUCUCGAAUAUCACGGCGCAACAGCCCAUUCCCCCAAAGGCUGCCAUCUUUGGCGAGCCUACGGAAGGUCUCUUAGCCUGCGGCCACAAGGGCGCCAUCAGCUGUAGGAUUACUGCUCAUGGCACUGCAGGCCACAGUGGAUAUCCGUGGCUAUUCAAGAGCGCGACUGAAGUGCUGAUGCGUGCCUUGAUCAAAAUCAUUGAUACUGAUCUAGGAACUAGCGAGAGGUAUGGCAACACCACAGUCAACGUCGGCCUUCUGUCAGGUGGCACUGCGGUCAAUGUGGUCGCCGAUAGCGCUACAGCGGCAAUUGUUGCUCGUGUGGGAAUUGGCCCGGAGCUGGAGGGUGGUGAGGUUAUCAAGGGUAGGAUUCGUGACGUUCUAACGUGUGUGGAUGAUGAAGCAUUCGAUUUUGAAUGUGAUAGCAGAGCCAGUGGAGCGAUCGAAUGCAAUUGCGACGUUGAUGGCUUUGAGACAACUGUAGUGAACUAUGGUACAGAUAUUCCAAGCUUUAAGGGUAAUCAUACGCGAUACCUCUAUGGACCUGGAACCAUACUGGUUGCACAUGGUCCUAAUGAAGCACUCACACUGGGAGAGUUGGAGACCGCAGUCGAAGAUUAUAAGAGGCUGAUCUUGCAUGCGGUUGAAACAUAAGCGGCGUGUUGCCCAGCGCGUCAAAUAAAAAGCCAUACCACAUUGGAUAUUGUGUAUGUAAACGUAAUGAAUCCAUACCAAUAUGAAGAUUCUGGCCUUCUAUAAAGAGCC